AUGACGGAGAACUCUGUUGCAUGGCCAGCUAAACUCGAUGAAAAUCAAAUCAAAGACCAUUCGGAUGUACCUAUUCACCAUAAAACCAAUGAAGAGGUGAAUAAAGACGUCUAUGGCGCUCCAGGUGAUGUAACUACAACAGCCACACAAAAGACAUCUGCAGAAAAAAAUACAUCGAACGAUGCGUCCAACUCUCGAGCUGAUCAGCCCCAAUCAUCUACAAAUGCUAGCGCUGUUAAUCAAGAGAGUGCUAAUCGACCGAAAUAG